CCUGCAUAUACAUUCAUUCAUGCCAAGGUAGGUAUGUAAAUAUAGUGAGUGCUGUUGACUGUUCACAUGCAUGCAAGGUGUUUAAUGCAUUUCUAUAGCGAUGGUGGUAAAAUUACCUGCAGUAUUAUGGACAUUUGUGACAGUAAUGUCACUUCAAUGCAGUGACUGCCUGAGUAGCGUUCGUGCGAACCGCAGGAUACGUUCCAGUUCCAAGGUAAGCUAAAUCUCGUCUGAACACUGAAAUUCAAUGCGAAAUGUUUACAUUGAAAUAUGAAUGCAUAAUUCGAUCGAUCUCACAACAGUCAGAAAACCUAGGCCAGUUUUGGUCGAUUUCUACGUAUUGCAUAUUUUAUUUCAAGACACUUAGACGAAAUAUUUCGUAUCUCAAGUAACAAGUUAUAUUUGUGCCAGCCAGAGCCUAAUGAUAAUCUAGAUUAGAGAAUAGCGGCAAAUAUAGCAGAUAUACCAAUUAAACAUGUACAAAUAUGUACAAUAUAGUAAAAGCGUGGCGUGCCAUCUUUUGUACAUGUGCAUAUGUCUAAGCAUAUGGUGUCAAAGUGUCAAGCAUGUAAGAGAUCCUGUCAAGGAGAAAAUUAGACUUGUAAAACGAGAGUAAAACGAAUGAGCGAAUAAAACGAACGGGCAAGCUUGGACAAAUCCCCUAUUUCGAAAUCCACACUUUAACCUGAAAUAUUUGAGCCCAACUGUGAAGCUAAAUAAUACGACUUAAUUGUAGGAUAAGUCUAUGAAAAAAAAUAGUUUGACAUGUAUCAAAAUGACAAUGAAAAUAAUGUCAUGAAAAUUAUUGAACGGCCCGUUCAAUAUGCCGAAUCGUGAUGGUUGAGUGGUUAUAUAACAUAAUAAUACGUACGUCCUUUUGAAUUUAGUAAAAUUUGCCAUGCCCGAUUAUUAGUUUGCAUUAUGUGUCCUUGAGACAUUAUUGUACAAUUAGUAAUUGUACAAUUCAUAGUGUGAACUACAGUGAGCUAAACCUUGGGAGCUUUUAUUAACCGAUCGUAUUAUCUUGUAUACUAACUAGACAACGUGCUAGUAAACUUAUCUAGCGGAAAGUCGGAGGCUGAUAUUUUGAAUAAGAUAAUGUAUAAGCAAGAUCUUUUUGGUCGAUAAUAUCUGCUCACUUUGCCCCCCCAAGGCAUAACUAUGGCUCAUUCGACCAACCGGACUUUGUGAACAAAUUCCAAUCAAUCUCCUUCAUACACCUCCCUUAAAAAUGAUGCUAGCAUGCAACUCAUGAGGAUUUAUGAAAAUAAUAAAACGUCAAAAUAUAGUUGUGCAAACAGAUUUAAAAAUCGUAUGCAAUUAUGCAAGUCUGCUUCAAUCUAUGUAUUUAUCUUCGUCUUAAAGUUCCAGUUCGCUUGUAAUUAAAAUCUCAUCUUUAAUAUCAGCUCGAUAUAGUUCGCAAACAAAUGCUGCGUUUCGGUAUGAUGAGGGGCAAAUCGAAGGGCGGGGGAGUGGUUCCUGGUAGUUAUUAUUUGUGUGAUUAUAUUUUACAUAUGUGAUAGUAUAUAUUUACAUUUUGUUAUUUUGCAAGGAUAUAUCAAGACCCGAAAUGAAUAUAUCCAUAUACAAUUCACUGACACCAACGUGAACAAUUGCUUUAGCGUAAACCAUAAAGAAAAAAAAAUGACAAACUGAACAACUGACCAACGAAAAUAUUUUUAAAACAGUACUCGAAAUUAAACCCAGUAAGUAAACAAAGCAGUAUUGACAAGCCUUUAAUGCUUUACUAAUUCAAUUCAUUAGAAUAGAUUUGAUGGACACUAUAAACCACUGAUAAUAUAACUUUCUGGCUUAUUUUGUGUUUGGCGGAACUGCAGCUUCGUUUAGUAAACAAAUCGUUCGUCUGUAUAAGCGGGAAGAUAUUUUGUUUUGGUCCGCAGGUGAAUAGUGCAAGGAUAUUAGAAGCAGAGCAACCAAUCAUGCCAAUCAAAUUACACGAAAAGCACUAUUCUUCUCCCUAGCUAGUAUAUCUUAAAACUGUAUAUUCAUCUUAUUAAAAUUUAUUGUUUAUGUACUGCGUUGUUGCUUGUCAUUUCGCAUGAAUUUCCUAUAUCUUAUCAAUUUCUUAAAUGAUAACGCAGCAUGAAGCACGCCCCCAAACCUAAUUAUCGAAAGCCCGCCCAUUGUGUUGGCGAAAGUAAGGCUUGCAUCCACUCCCUCAAUUGUGAUACACUCGCAAUGCGCCUGGUACGACACUGCUCUGAUGUGACAUUCAUUUCAUGGUGGCAUGAAAUGGAACGCAUGCAACAUUAUUUUCUAAAAACAAUUCAGCUUCCUGAGUCAUAAGGCUCUUUUAUUUCCACUCAUCGCAAAAACAGCUCGCAACAAUUGCAAUAUGUAUAAUGUUGUAUUUGCAAUAUGUAUAAUUGCAAUAUGUAUUGUCAUAAGGCUCUUUUAUUUCCACUCAUCGCAAAAACAGCUCGCACAAUUGCAAUAUGUAUAAUGGUAUAUUUUCAUAGCAGGGGUUUCGUUAGAAAUUCUAAUGUAGCAGAAAUUCUUGUAAUUCCCAUCUACUGGAUGCUUCAUACAACUAUCAUAUUACAUCAUAUAAUUAAUAUGUCAUUAUUGUUUCCACAAGCAGCUGCUAGAAUAAUUCAUUAGACUGUUGAAUAUAAAUAUAGAAAAUACAGUCUACUGUGAAAUUCAUGAUCACACAAAUCUACAUACGAAUCAAAACAGGUUUCGCGAAUAGUUUGGUCAAACACGCAUUUCGUUUCUUUUUCAUCAAAAUAUGAGUUUUACCAAUGACAAUGUGUUGGGUGCCAGCAAUUAAAGACAUUAGAUUUUCAACAUACUGUAAUGUUUUAUUCUACAUGCCUCCUAAGGGGACAAUCACAUUGGUUAACCCAUCAGGUUGAGAAGAAGGAAGGAAUUCGAAUUAAACAGCCGUUUCUAUUCUUAAUUUUUGCGGUAGGCAGUCCUACAGUAUACAUGAAAGAUAUCCGAGAAUUCCGAUAUCUGGCAAUACUAACCUGAUCCCAACGGGUGACUUCAAAAUAUUCAGAUAUUAUAACACUUUGUAUCCAAAAUCAACAACUGCCACUGCAUGAAUCCUUUUGCCCCUAUUGAGAAGAAAAUAUUUUACUAUAACCUCUUAUUGUUCUCAAGACUAACGCAAUAAAGAGUAAGAUAAUCAAACUAUAUAGGUCUCGCCUUACAAAUUUGUUUUCAUGAAAAAAUGUCAUGGACUUUUGGCUUCAUUUUUGAACCCCUUUAUACCUGAAGCUAGAUAUAUAGCCUACAUGAAGCUAAAUAAGGAGAAUUUCGACGUUCCGAGCGAAGACCCUUCGCCGUCUGUAGUUACUGUGUGACUAUAUAUCAUCGGACUGGCGUGUAAAAGUUCUCGGGGUGCUCUAUGGUGUCAGAACUAAAUACUACUUUGCCCAAAUGACAAAACAAAACAACCUCACGAAUGGCGUAAUAGGAGUUGCAUUAAGCCCCUUUAAACGAGGCCAAUAUCGGCUAGUACCAACAUCACUCAACAUUGUUGUAUGUAAGAGUUUGCUCUGGUUUGAACACUUUUGUUGCAUGGUUGAUUUUGUAGGAUGUUGAAUCGGAUUCGACUUUGUUAAAAUUUUCACUGGUACAUAAUUUGACAAUUACGCGUGAUCAUGCACUGGCAUUCGACGAUAACAUGUGAUCAUUGAGCGCGCUCCUCCAACACUGACCAACAUUGUUGAACCCGCAAAAAUUAUGAAACAUUGGAGGGGAAAUAGACAUUUUGCAGCUUGCUGAUAGAGCCAAAUUCAUGUGCAAAACUUAGAAAAUACUUUUUCGUCAUUUGACUUUAAUUCAAAUGCCUUCGAGUCCAUGCUUUAUCGACACUCUUGACUGUUUUACUUUCAUCUGUGGAAAAACGUUUUACCAAAAGUUUGGGUAUUCCUGUUGAUUUUGAGCUUUUAACCUUUCUUAGCUUUAACAACACAAAAACUGGAAAAUCUAUGUUUUCAAAGUUGUUUAUUACUUUUGUUGCUUUAUCUAAAUAUCCCGACUUUGCCUCCGAAAAUAGCAAUAUCCGAGGAAAUUUUUUUAGCCAAUCAGAUAGCAUAAAUUACCUCCCCCCCCAGCUAGGAAGUGUCAAUUUGUCCCUAUAUAUUUUUCUACUAACAACCCACAAACUAUUCUUUUUAUAUAAAUCUCUAUGGUUGUACCAAUAAUAUUGGACGAUGUUCAUGGGCUCGUCUGAACGGGGACUUUGCCGGGCCUGAGAUUACUGCGUCUAUCGCAUAUGAGCCAUGUUUUCUUCCUCUAAAAUAGAUUAUCACAGAGAUCAUUGAAUUGGAAAAAGGGACUGAAGUAACCUAUCUCAACUGUUCUACAAAUAUUAAUGGUACAAAACUCAAGGUUGAAUGGAAAAAAGAUGGUGUAAUUAUACCUGAAUUAUAUUCCUCGGAUGUUUGUCCAAUAUACGAUGCGAAUUGUGAUGGCAAAUACACAUGUUUUGCAAGCGGCUCUAAUUCGACAGUUAUAAUUUUGAAAGAAUUCGUGGUCAAAAUAUUAGGUAUAAUAAUAAUAAAACUUUCAUUAAUUUCUGUCACUGACUGAUAAGAUGUUAUUAAAAUAAUGCAUUCGUAUUCAUGUUUAUUAUAAGUAAUAGCAUGGUUUGAGGGAGAUUAGUGAUUAAAUGACCCCGUAAUAGCAUAGUUGAGUUCCCACUUACGCAUGCCCUACUUGCUAUCAGAUGAUUUAAGCUAAAAUGAUUUGCUUCUUUGCCUGUGGAAUGUAAAAGCUUGUUGCACAUGCGCACUUUUUACGCUAUAAUCGGUUACGCAUGCGCAAUCUAUCAUUUAACGUACCACAACAAACAAAAUAAAUAUAUCAGUAUAAAAUUGGAGACUGCACAAGCGUAAUUUAAAUGAUGCAACAACUCAGGGAUCGGAUGAUAGAUUAUUGACGGAUCUGAGCUAACUGUUGCUGUCCCUUGCACGAUUAUUUGCGUGAGGCACUUGCCUAAUUGACCGGGCGAUAGUGAUGGGUGAUACCAGCUUUUUUGGUUUCGAUACGACACCAGUCCGAUACCAUGAAUUUUGAUCGAUACCAAAAUCGAUACCGAUACUCAAUUUUUUCCAUUUAUUUACAUUUUACUCAAAUACAACAUAUAGCGAUAAAAAUACCUUGUUUGGUACAUUUCUGAUAAAAAUCAGACAAAAAGAGCAAGGAUUAUAAAAGGAUGGUUUAAAUAUAUGACGGAUUGUAAACACUUUCCAGAUCAUCUAUUCGUCCCGAAAAAUGGGUCUUUGAGUUGAGUUUGAGUACAUUAGGAGUGAGGUUAGGGUUAGGAUUAAGGUUAGGAUUAGGGUACUAAGUCAUUGAACUACAAAAACCACUAAACAGUGACUCGGACAUUUGACUCGGGCUCGGUUUGACUCGGGCUCGGAUUUGACUCAGACUCGGAUUUGACUCGGUUAACCGACAAACUCAGUCCAACUCUAACACAACUGCAUAAAUUUAUCAUUCCCGUAAACCUUAUAACGCUAUUUGCCGAAAACAUGCAUCCAGGGUGUGACGAACGCGCCAGUCUGAUCAAAAGACAAAGCCUGGAACUAUGGUUGUGAACAAAUGUGUAGAAUGAUUCUUUUGACAUCAGAGAGAAAAUUAAUAUGAAGCGACGUAUAGUUAAACGAAAAUUUCGCCGCCAAACGUGAAGCUUAAACUCCGUUUAAUAUAUCUUGCAGGUAGAUUAGCCCUUACGAAAUGGUUAGAUACUAUGCCCCAUCCACAUACUUCCACCUUCUACAUGCAGUUAGUAGUAAGUUUGGCAAAUGCAACGGCAACGUCGUCAUGCAUUAACAACAGAAUUUUUACUGUCAAGACCAAGCGCAUGAUAUGUGUUACAAUUUUUCUUGCAACUUGUAACCCUGUUGUGUAACAUCCUUAUUUGGCAACUGGCAAUUUAUUUAUUUGUUUAUUUAGCUUUGCCAACUAGGGCAGGGUGACCACAACAGCAUGUGCCAGUUACUGUGGGCCCUUUUUACCUAACCCACCCUGUUAACUUUCCCUGUGGGAGGAAACCGGAGUACCCUUGGAAAACCGACGAAUUUCGGCAGAACGUUGACAUUUUCUCUUUUCACUUGAGGACUGGGUUCGGGUCGCAUUAAGAAAGUCCUCGCUGAGGCUUGUACCUACGGCCUCAGAGGUGAAAGACAAGUGCGCUAACCAUUUGGGCACCAAAGCCCCCUAAUGGAAUGAGAAAAUGCAUUGCGAGUUGCAGUUGCAAAGAAGGUUGAACUGGUUUGUACUUUUCGCAAUGCCGCGCGACAAGUUGCAACCUGGAUCGCAAUAUUUGAAAAAUUAACCAGUCACAACACAGACAUGCCACUGCAAAUUGCAACAUUCUUUUUGGAAAAAAAAUGUUGGAAGAAAAAAUUGCAUCGCGUAGCAUGGCCUUAAGACAGAGGUGUUAUUUAUUUCGCUGCUUAUUACUUAUAGAGUUCGAACAAACAUAUAAUAUCAGACAAAUACUAUGAGAAGCACUAAUUUUAUUCCUUAAUCUGUUUUUACAAUGAAACUUUAAAACCACGCAAGAUAAUUCACCAUGUGGAAACGCUGGAGAAGGUAUUGUUGGUAUAUUUACUUAGGUUCAGGUUUGGCUUCCACUAUACCGUUACCAUUGAGCGACCAUUAACCAUGCAAUUCGAUGCAUUAACCAAUCACUAAGCCAGUGAGAAGUAGCAGUAGUGGAAGUCAAAUCUGAACCUCUGUAUUGUUACACUUGAGACGUCAUAAUUUUAGAACUAAUACUACAUUACAAUAUACUCGUGAUAUUAUGCUGCGCGUUAUUGUUCACUCGGUAAUAUGAUAAGAAGAAAAUGUUCUCGAGUGAGAUAUAUCAUACCGCUGUCUGGACAUUAUUAUACAUAUCUAUAUAUAUGCAGGCAAAACAUACAUAUAAACAAAACUAUAAUCAGAAAAGAGCACAUUGUUUGUUGUUAUUCCAGACAUUCUCUCUCCCUUUACUGGCAGAAUUUCAACUUUUCACAAAAAAGAGUUUUGGGCACAACUCGCCCCUGGCUACGACACUGAAAUAAUAUUGUUUUUUGUGGUUUCGUUAAACAGAAUUAGUGCAGAGAAGUGAAAUAUGCAUCGUCCCUACUACACAAGACUAUCCAUGUUGCCACUACCAUAUCCCUCCACCAGGAAUGUUGCGUUUGAGUCGAAAAAUUUCCAGUGAUGUUAAGAGCAAAUGUAAGCUGGAUACAUUAAAAAAUCCAACACCAUGGCAAAUUGAUGUGGCAUGGAAUUUAACGCAUAAUGGUAAAUUUUAAUCAAUCUUUUACUUUACUAUUUCUUUUUAGUGCAUCAGUUUAUUGUUCAUACGUAAAUGUCUAAUGUAUCAGUCACUAUUUACAGACUACUACUAUAUAACUACCAUAAAACUAUAUAUGUCAUUCCGAAGAAAGUGUGCAUUUAACACAUCAAACAACACAUCUAUUGCACAUGAAAUAAAAUGGACACCUUUUUCGGAAUAACAUUAGUAUUAUAAAACUUCCAAACUUUGGAACUUUGGAAGCUAUUGAUCUGAUGAAAUUUCAAAAUGCAUAUCACUCUCUAUAUAUAAAGUUUGGAAAUGUUUUUUGUUCGUUUCAUGAGUCUAUGUACAGUUGAACUCUUAUUAAACACAUUUUCCGUGGAUUUGCCCGUACGUCAUUUUUACUCGGUUCUCUUAAACUCGAAUUAGUAGGAAAAAAUAUAUAUUAUGUGCUUAUUGUAUAUUUCACAAAUAUAAGUCGUAUCAUUGGGUCUUUGGAACAGUCACGUAAAUUUCAAUGCAAUGCAAUGCAAUACAAUGCAAUACAAUGCAAUGCAAUGCAAUGCAAUGCAAUGCAAUGCAAUGCAAUGCAAUGCAAUGCAAUGCAAUGCAAUGCAAUGCAAUGCAAUGCAAUGCAAUGCAAUGCAAUGCAAUACAAUGCAUGCAAUGCAAUGCAAUGCAAUGCAAUGCAAUGCAAUGCAAUGCAAUGCAAUGCAAUGCAAUCCAAUCCAAUGUAAUUCACUUCACUUCAAUUCAAUUCAAUUCAAUGCAAUGCAAUGCAAUGCAAUGCAAUGCAAUGCAAUGCAAUGCAAUGCAAUGCAAUGCAAUCCAAUCCAAUGUAAUUCACUUCACUUCAAUUCAAUUCAAUUCAAUUCAAAUCAAAUCAAAAUAAUAAAAAUUCAAAAGCAUGCACGAGCGUUUAAAUUAUUUUUUAUCAACCUUUGUCUGUGUACGUGACGUUGAUGUCGAUCAAGGACAUAAAAAUCCUAAUUUAUUUGUUUUAAAUACAUUAUUGGAUGGUGACCAAACGGUAGGAGUGCGAACGGGACCCGAGGUCCCAUGCGAGGCACUCCUCCGAUUAAAGAUACAACAACAGACAAUACAUGUAGAAUAAAAUGUUUUUAAAUAAAUAAAAUUAUUUGAGAUAAGAAAACACUUGAAAGAGCAGGAAAGCAUAUAUGAUUAAAUAACUAUUUUAAUGGUUUUGCCUGUAAUAUGCCGCACAAAAAUAAUAUACCUAACUUCCCUAAAAAAUUAUAUUCCUGCAAUACUCCUACACCAUUAUAAAUGUCUUCUAUUCAAACUAUAUUUUUUGAAACCAAAAAUGGCUAUUCGAGGAAAAAAUUUCCUACACAAUUCCUUCGAAAUCGUUGCAAAACAAACGUUUUCCGUCACCAAUUUUCUCAACCGUGGUUUCAGUGGCAAAACUUGCCAUGGCAAAUGCUAAUAAACCUGUACCAAAUUAGUUUAAAGACAAUGAAUUAUGUAUAGGUUUGAAAAAUACAAUAAUUUAAAAAUUUGCAUAGCAUGCGUUAUGAUCCAUGAUUGAGUAGUCAAUCAGAAUGCUGCAUCUUGUAAUAAACUGUGAUGGUUGAGUGUUACAAGUAUUAAAUAAAUUUAAGUUAACGCUUAUUCCUAGAGGCCGAGUAAGGACCACCCCUUAUAUAGUUAUUAAUUGUUUCUUCUAAAUUAGCUACAUGGAUAUGGGGUUGGCAAGUCAGCCUUAGUGGACUUGACAACUCUGUUGGUGUUAAAAGAUGUGUCCAAAUCAAUAGUAAGGUAAGAUUGCGUCUUUCUUUGGUGUACGCAAGCAUCCAUAAUUGCUUUGGUGUGCGCAGGCAUGCUUCUAACUACAAAAAUAUAUUGUCCGUUUUAUAAUAACUUUCUUUAAACCAGAUAAGCAUGCAGCUACAAUAUUUGACAUAACUCUUGAGAACAUUCCGGCCAAUCUAUAUUGUAAAGUUACUGCACAUGCAUUGACAAAACAAACCUUGGCUCCACCUUUCCCUCAGUUCAAUGCGGAAACAAAUUUUAAUAUUUUACCAUGACACAAGCUCAACAUUGUGUUGAUGAAGUGGACCGGGGGAUUAUAAAACGCAACAUGAAUUGACAUGGAAUUUAUCAUUAUAGGGGUAUACGAAUUUUGUAUAGAGGGAAAGGUAGUCUUAACCAGUUAUAUUCAAGAUUGUAGAAAUAGCACCUCCCUUCCCUCCCCUCUCCUUUCCUCACCCUAACACAAUAUUAUUGAAAAAAUUAUUAUUCUAUAUGAUUUCUUGCGCACACAUCAGUAUAGUACAGGGAGUAGGGGGAAGGGUGGGAUUUUUGAAUUCCAUGAUUACAGAAAGUGGCAGAAAUUAACCUAUUUGCACUCACUAUUUAAUGGCUGAUUUAGCUUUCCAGGUUAAAAUUUCCGACUAAUUGUUUAUUUUACGUAAAGGAGGUUUGACUAAUCUCGCAACGAAAAUUUUGGUUAUGUACAAAUGAACAUCCAAUGAAAAUGCUAAAAAUCUAACAGCUGAAUGCUAAAUUAUAAUUAAGAAUUUGAUUUAUUAGAGUAAAUUGCUGAACUGGACAUUUGAUGGUCUACCGUUUGGGAGUAAAUACGAGAUCAAAGUGCAAGCGUUACCAUCAGAUUUAACAAAUUACAUUCACGAAACUAUUGUCCUUCCAAGAAAGAGAGGUAUGCAGAUGCAACAUUAUACAAAUAAUGAAUGUUUUUAUUCGUGCAAUAGUAACAAUAUAUUUUCAUUCGGUGAAAGAUGGAAAUGUUCCAUUCAACGAGGCGACAUAUAUAUAAUACCAAAAUAGACUAAUAUUGAAAGGUUUACUGUAAGCUCCCGCCAUUUUGACAAGUCGUAUUUGCAUUAAAUCCCAUUUACUGAGUUAAAUAUAUCGGGUUAGAAUAAAUUGCGAUCACAGUACGAGAAGCAUUUAACGGAUGCGAUUUAUUGAAAACACAAAGAGUGCAAUGGAAUAAAACGUAUAGUACAAUGCACUCGCAAAGAGUGCAAUGGAACGUAUUCCACUCUUGUAAAAUGGAAUUUUCUAUUCAAUAUCGCGUGACCAUAAACAGUCAAUUAAACGAUCAGAAUUCAAUUGAAUAAGGUAUUAAAUUAAAUAAUAUAGUUUUUCUAAACACAUGCACAGAUUAUUUGAUUCUCUAGCUUUAUCAUGCAUAUACAGCUAUUUCAAUUAAGAUUGUCCCCGAGCAAAGCGAAAAAGUUGAAUACGAGCGCGAAAGGCUUGCUGGGAAUCGCUAACAAAGUCAUUAAUUGUUUAGCGAUUCCCAGCAAAUCUUUCGCGCUCGUAUUUGACUUUUCCGUUUUGCACAUAAAUACAUAAACAGUACGAUCAGAAAUUGCUUCCACAACUUGACAGCUAAGAUAGGCUUGCUCAUCUUAGUUGUCGAUUUCUGGUCGUGUGUAAGACAACGAGCUCGUUAUUUACAAUUGUCAAUGUCUACAAUGAUAUUGUGUACAUUUUUAAAAGAUUGGACAAAAAUAACAUAUAUUUAGUGCCUCAGCCAAGAGGGAGGGGCAAAGUGGCGGGGAAGGAGGAGGAGGCUCUGCUCACCAAAAACCUCCAUGCAUGCAGAGCUGUAGUUCUUCUGAAAAGUUGAAAUGGGAAAGCGCUGCAAGAUCUGAAGUUGCUAAAAAUACGAUAUAAAAUUAAUAUUUUUAAGGAUAUUGUUUGUUUCAAAACUCGCGCUAGAAUGCGAGAAAUGCUGCUAGAAUGCUAGAAUGCGAGAAAUGCUAGAAACCCUAUAGAAAUUAUAAAUUUCUCCCGGGCGCAUGCUUACAGGCAUCCUUAGAUCUCAUGUUCGGAAUUAAUGUUUACUGAAUAUUCUCCACCCCACUCCCCCCCCUCCCCAGAAAUUAAUAGCGUGCAUGAAAUAUUUUUUCGUCGUCAAGUCACGCUUUCCUUCUUUUAACAUUUGUCUAUUUCCAGAUAUUUGCAAAAAGAUUGGUCGAAAAUGUCAUUGGGAAAUAUGCUGUAAGUCAUGAUGGAUCUAUGAAAAUUGAUUAUAUCUACAGUGCGGCCCUAUAAAGAAACACAAAUUCGUUAUCUUUGUAUAGUCGUUUUCAGACAAUACACUGAUGUUUAAGGAAAGUAAUUUUCAUCGGCUCUAUUUGACAAUCGCUUUUGCGUUCAGAACAACGAAUCAAUUGCUUCGUUCUCAGAAAACCUCAGCCUAAAUCGGUCAAAUGGAGCUCUUCUGAACAGCUUCGGCUGACCCUAGUUAUGAGCUAGCUCAUCAUGUUUCAAAGAUAUUAGACUGAAAGGUACUGAAAAAGAAUUGAAUUAUACAUGGCAGGCUUUAGAACAUCCUGUAAAGAAGAGUGAAAAUCCUAUGUUAUAUAAUGCCUCAACAUCCUAAAGAGAAAGAACGACUGAACAAAAAACACGAACAUCAAGAACAUUCUUGAUCUUUGGAAGGAAGCCAACAUGCUCUUUAGGGAAAGGGAGUAAAGGAAAAGACAUUCUGAAACCAAUAAAUGGCCUUCUUUAUGCACUGACAAUACUGUUUAUGUCAAUUAUGUACAUUAUAUAUUAUAGCGUCGAUUUGUGAAUUUGAUAAUUUAUUUUGGUUGUUUUGCUAAAAAACCCUCCCCUUAAAACUUAGUACAAAUUAACGAAACAAAUACACUCGUCGUACGCAGCCAAUUGAAAUUCAACAAAUUUUUGGUAAAGUUAUUUUGGUUGUUUUGCUAAAAAACCCUCCCCCUAAAAUUUAGUACAAAUUAACGAAACAAAUACACUCGUCGUACGCAGCCAAUUGAAAUUCAACAAAUGUUUGGUAAAGUGAAUAAUAAUCUGUAUAAUCAUCGACCUGACAAGCAGCAAACAUAAUUAAAUUGCUGAUUUCUUCUUCUUUAGUUCCUGUAGAAGAUGUGCAACAAGAGGAAAUGUCUUCAGUCCUAACUUGGCGCCUUUCAAAAUACCAUAAAACACUGCACGAUUUUGAAAUAUAUUACAGUAGUAGUGAUGUCGAUUGCAGUGACAGUGGAAGAAGAAAAGUUCAGGUAAAUUGAAAUUUAGGAAAAGCAUUCAAAACUUUGAACUGUGAGAUAACAGUAUUGAAUUAUAGUAAAGUUGCACUAAUGAUGGCAACGUAAUGUUUUGUAAUUUUAUGGUUUACGAUUACAAAGUAUUGCUUUUUCAUUUUAGAAUAAAACGCGCACUGUUCUGAAUAUACAUAAAUGCCGACACUAUUAUGUGAAAGUAAGAAUCAUUAAUUAAAUAUAUGAUAUAAUUAUGCGCAAGAUACGGUGCAGUGCAAUGAUGUUAUCUAGCUCAAUUAUCUCAUUGGUAAAUAAUUCACUCUUCUCGCUAUAUUUUGGUAGCAGAACAUGAUAGCAUUUAUAUUUUUACAGUUUUAAUACUUUUAAUUUAAUUUAAUUUAAAAAUGACGUAUUGGUAAGCGUAAUAAAAUUGUUAUAUUAUUUACUAUUUCACUCAGGUCCGACCAAUCUUUUCUAAUGCUGAAGAAGGAACAUUUAGUGAAGCAAUCAUGUUUUCUCCCCCUCGAAGACCAAAUAAAGGUGUGAGAAUGCAUAUAUCCCUUACGAAAAUCAACACUAUUUUAACCCUAUUUUACUUUUACUGAAUCGGUGAAGCACAGAUUAAAAUAGGUUUAAAAUAGGAUAAAGUAUAUUUAAAAUAGAGUGCAAAAUAGAAAUAAAAUAAUAAAGUAAAGUGUAACAUUGGUAAUAAAAUAGAUUUUAAAUAUACAUAAAAUAGGUUAAAAAUAGUCGAAAAUACAUAUAAAAUAGUGGAUCAACUGCAGUAUAUUAACUAAAAAUAGUAAUAAAAUUACUGCAAAAAUAGUAAUAAAAUAGUUUAAAAAUAUGAAUAAAAUACUCAAAUAGUAAUAAAAUAGUAGAAUUUAAAAUAGUGAUAAAAUAGCGAACAACAUAGUAAAAAAAUAGUUUAAAAUUCUUAUAAAAUAGUAUAAAAAUAGUCAGAAAGUAGUAAUAAAAUAGUUAUAAAAUAGCAAUAAAAGAAUAGUAAAAUAGUCAUAAAAUAGCAAUAAAAUAGUCAGAAUGUAGCAAUAAAAUAGUUAUAAAAUAACAAUAAAAUAGCUAUAUUAAAAUAGUAGCACUGCAACAUAGUUACUUUAUAAAGUAAUAAAAUUGUAGUAUGAUAAUUAAAACCAGUUAAAAAAUAGUAAUGAAAUAAUAUCAAAUUAGCUGAAAACUAGCAAUGCAGUACCAUGGUUGACAGGUAUAUUAUCGUUUAAAAUUGUAUAAAAUAAUACACAUAAAACAGUUUGUAUUCUUAUUAGCUAUCAAUGCUAGGUUGUGGCAGUUUAAGGGCGGCAGGGGUGAAUGUGGCAGUUUAAGCAGUGUCAAAUCAAUGGCAUUGUUUACCACAGUCAGAGUUUCCAACGUUUGAGUAACUGUAAGGAAUCUAUUACACGACUGGGUUUCAAAUCAAUUGCAGGAUGAGCAGUCUAGUAGUCUACUAGCAGUUAGACCCAUGCCACCAAGCAUCUUGCAGAUCAAGCAGUUAUUGCCAAUACAUGCGAGCUUAAUUGUCGGUAUUAAAAGGUGAAAAAUGGGCAAGCAGACCGUAGUCGAUAAGCAAAAUUGUCUAGCUUGAGACCUCACAGUUAAAUAUUGUGUGCAGAACUUAAAGUAGGGAGUGUUAAGGAAAAUUACAUCUAAAUAUGUCAACAUAAAACAUCAUGGGCAUGAAACAUCAUGAGUCUAGCUGGACACUUUCCUUGGCAAAUAAAAUUGUCCAACAUUAGGCAAGAUACAAAAACAUUUAAAUAUUAAAAAACUGCUGAAAAUUUUGCACUUCGCAGUGAAAUGGGUAAUUUUAUUCAAAAAAAAAAAAUUAGUUCACCCUUGUCGUGACUAAUUGCCGGGGUGUCUCUAAAGAUAUAUAUAAAAUGUAGCCCAAAGGUUGUUACAUAUAUUAUUAAGCAGAUCAUGCAGGUGGUAUAGAUAAAUGUAUUCAUAUAUUAUAAACUUUGAACAAGCAAACAACUUUAGGACUUUGACUGUUUCCAGUUAGAGCACUUCCAUAAUCAAGUUGCCACACAACAAAUUGAUCAAAUUGACAUUUUUACCUAUUAACCGACCCACCCAGCAUUAAAAAAUUCAAGCAUGGCAUACAAAGGAAAUUGAAAUUAACCCUCUAUACCCAUUCCAUUGAUAUCCUAGUGCAUUGUACCCUCUGAUGUUAGACAUGGUAAAAUCAAACAGCACUGAAAGAAUCCAGCUUUGACGCAACCAACACCUGGUGUUAGACUGAGGGUGAAAAAAAAAAUAAAGUAGGGUAUAUAAUAGGCUCAGAUUCCAGCCGUUGUGUUCUCGCCACUCGCCCACUUAACGGCUGGGUCAAUGGUUAAUAUUUCUUGUCUGUGACGUCAAGGUUAAUAUUUAAAUUUAUGCAUAUAUUUUUCAUAAUUAUGUAUUUCUGUGCAAUGUAAAAUGGCGGCUGUCAGGAGCGAACAAUUUUGUUUCGAAGAGGAAAUAGCAAAUUUUAACAACUUUGUGCAUUCAUCGAUAACUUCUUUGUAAAGGAAAACAAAAUGGAAGCUUUUAAGUUCAUUUGACAAAAUGUUAUUAAGUUCUAGUAUGUUAACGAAGACAGGAACUGCAAUGUAUACGAGUCAAUGAAUAUAUUAUAUAUCUAAAUAGUAAAACAAUAAACCCUACCAACAAAAGCAGGUGAAUCUAAAUAAUUAACGUCUUAUUUUAAACAGUUUUUCAAUGAAUAUUCUUUGAAGAGGAACAUAAAUUUAAUGUUAAUAUUUGAGUUGUUUAUAUAGACUAUAGUUAUACGUAAUGAAAUUUUACGCCUUGUGAUUAAUAUCUAAAAAUUUUCCUUAUGAUCGAUUUUCUUCGAGGGACAGUGAAGUCUUUUAUAGACCAAACAAUAGUCUGUCAAGAUAUGAUCAUUAUGAUGUUCUGGAAGCCUGCAAACUUCAAAGCUACAAAAUAGAAGACCUAGUGUUUGAUGUUGAACUGUACCUUACUGUGCACCUUCAUAGAUUUGGUUAAACAGUCUUUUGAUGUAGCAAGAAUAUUUAAAAUUUAAAAUGUUCUUGGCUUUAUUUCGGUGUUGUAUAAGUUGUCUGUACAAAUGGAGGCCGGGUGUGCUCAUCGACCCAUAUAUGGUUCAGUGUAUGACUGUUGACCAAGUCAGUAAUCAUUUGUAGCUACACACAGCAGUGAGGGGUAUUAUUGUGGUAAUGGUGACAGGAUAUUGCCUUUCCAAAUUGAAAAAAAAUGAUUUGAUGAAAUAACCACCCCCCCCCCACCUUACACCCCUUUGCCAAUGUUAAGGGGGGUGCAUCCCCAUGGCAGUAAAUACAUCCAGGGAUGGAUCCAGCAUGAUCUGGUGGGGGGUGCUCUGCCAGCUCUGGUGCCGAGUUGUGUCGGUCAUGUGUGCCACCCGCCCAUCAACUUGCUUCACUACUGCAAAGUCCUGCUUGACUACUGUAUUUAAAUUGUAAUUGUUGUUCACAUUUCACUUAUCAUCAUGUUAUUACUCAAAUUACUGUUUUAGCAAAUAUACUAGAUAGAUAUAAGUAGAAUAUAAUAUAAUGACAUGUCUUGCAAAUAUAACGACAUAUCUUGUGAAACACUGGUGAAGGUGAAUCGUAUUUGAUUCAAAACAUACAGUUUUUAUAAAUUGUGUGUUAAUUACUGUAUUAUAUAUAUUAUAUAUAUAUAAUGCACUCCUUAUUCAGAAUAACUUUUAUUCUAUGACUAUUGUAACUGAGACAUGCACACUUAGCUGGGAUAUGCCUAGGUAUUUAUAAGCAUAUAAAGAAUUGAGGAUUGAAACUCGAGUAGAUGCCAAGCUAUAAUAUAUUAUUUAAUUUUGAUACAAGAAACACUGCCACUGGAAUCUGUCAUAUAUUACACAACUAUUAACUAUUUGGCAUUAGUUACAAUAAACAUAAUUUAAUAUAAAGACUGAGUCAAAUGUAUUAAUCUUUGAAUUAAGCUAUUGUUUUAUAUCAUCGUUUUAAAUAUUGUCGCGGCAAAUUCAAAUUUUAAGCCGAAACAUCAAGCAGCUGCACGUGCAUUCUCAAAAUUCACGAAUCAAGAUUGAAGUAGAAAAUAUUUCCCUUCAAAAUUGCUCUAUUAUACACAAACAUAACAAGAUUCUUAGCUGGAUAUUACUCAGUCAUCCCUGAUGUUUCAUCUUUGCUUAUUAAGGCUUCAUCGGCUCGUAA